AUGGCUAGAGUAUUGCCCAGGCGCAGGAGGGAAGAAGGGCAUGUUCCCCAUCGGCAAGCAGGCCGCCCGACCCGCCUCUUCAAGUCCACCGGCAAGUGCCCCCACGCUGGCGUCCCCCUCCCCUCCUUGUCGCAGGGCCUCGACCUAGAUGAGAAGAAGGCUUCAUCCCUUGGUCGGGUGCUCGACGAGCAGCGCAAUCGGAUGCAGAGGCUUCAUGCCGAGGUGCACAGAUCUCAAUGUGAAACAGACGGACAAGAUAAUGAGCACCGUGGAGCUCGAGCUACAGAGGAACUUUGCCGCCAGAAAUUUGCUUUCCGCACCAAAGGCUUCCCAAGCCCUAGCGACGUGCCCUACUCGCUCUCGGCCAGCAACGAGCUCGUCCUCUUGGGAUGCGACGUGCAGGCGGCGAUGCUCGGGCACCUCAACAGCAACGACAAUGGCCCAGACAUCCUCAGCGGAUGUGUCUCCUUCUGCAAUUUUGACUUGGAUGAAGACCCUGACGUUGGCCACAUCGUCCGCCGAGGGAGAGACCGAGAAGGACAUGGCCGGCGCCGGAACCCAAACGACAAGUACUGCCACGGCAUGGGCUGCUGCCAGACACACAUCUCCCAGGACUCCACAGGCGGCAUGCCCAAGCAGUUGAGUGUGGGCUGGCUCCAUGACCAGAACGAGUUCGCCAAUAAGACGUUGUCGCCUGCGCUCGUGUUCGUCGCAGAGGAGGGGUGGUUCGAUGAACUCGGUUUUUCCGGUAUGCUAGGCCCCUAUAAGCAGCCGCCGUCCAGGGCCAUACAGGAGGUCCCCAUUAUUCUACAGUGGGAAAUCUUAUCUGAUAAACCCAACUGUACUACAUCCACCAACAUGUGCAAGAGCAAGCACAGCCGCUGCAAGCAGGGGAACAGAGGCUAUACAUGCCACUGUGAGGAUGGCUACAACGGCAACCCCUACGCCGCCAACGCUGGCCAGGGAUGCAAAGCUCCGGAUGCAGGCCGCCACAAGUCCAUGAUUAUAGGUGAGUCCACCACAGUUAGCGUUGGAGCUGGGCUUGCGAGUGCUGGGGGGCUCAUAGUUUCAGUUCUUGUUGGAUGGUUCAUUUCCAGCAAAGCUAAACACCAAAAGGCACAAAUGUUGAAGCGAAAGUUCUGUGACCAAAAUCGUGGACAGCUUUUGCAACAAUUGGUUUCACAGAGAGCUGAUAUUUCUGAAAGGAUGAUCAUACCCUUAGAAGAGCUAGAGAAGGCAACCAACAAUUUUGAUAAAGCUCUUGAGCUUAGUGGUGGAGGGCAUGGUACAGUCUAUAAAGGGAUUUUGUCAGACCUCCAUGUGGUAGCCAUCAAGAAGCCAAAGAAGAUUAUUCAAAGGGAGAUUGAUGAGUUCAUUAAUGAGGUUGCUAUACUAUCACAAAUCAAUCACCGAAAUGUGGUAAAACUUUAUGGUUGUUGCCUUGAAACAGAAGUACCAAUGUUGGUCUACGAGUUCAUAUCCAAUGGAACCCUUUUUGAUCAUCUUCACAUCGAUGGACCAAGAUCAUUAUCAUGGGAGGACAGGCUUCGGAUCGCAGUUGAAAGAGCCAAAUCUCUGGUCUAUCUUCACUCUACAGCUUCAAUGCCCAUCAUUCAUAGAGACGUCAAGUCAGUUAACAUACUUUUGGAUAACACUCUCACAGCAAAGGUAGCAGACUUUGGAGCUUCAAGAUAUAUUUUAGUGGAGAAAUCGGGGUUAACAACAAUGGUUCAAGGUACAAUAGGAUAUUUGGACCCUAUGUAUUUCUACACAGGGCGACUCACGGACAAAAGUGAUGUCUACAGCUAUGGUGUCAUGCUCGUAGAACUCCUGACUCGACGGAAACCAUUUUCAUAUCUGUCUUCUAAAGGUGAAGGCCUUGUUGCACACUUUGUUGCAUUGUUUGAGGAGGGUAAUUUGUCACAGAUAUUAGGUCCACAAAUUACAGAUGAGGGAGGCAAAGAAGUUGAAGAAACAGUUGCACUUGCGGUAGCAUGUACAAAAUUAAGAGGGGAGGACCGUCCAACCAUGAGGCAAGUUGAGCUGACACUUGAAGGUCUUCGACCAUCCAAGGAGUAUAAUAUUUUACAUGAAUUUGGCACCAACAAACUUCAGAACAGUGGCGUCGCUAUAAAUUCUCCAUCAACCAUAGAUGGGAGAAGCAUUGACGGACCGACUAGACAGUACAGUAUGGAAGAAGAGUUGGCCAUGUCUUCAAGCAAUCCUCGGUUGUACUAUUGA